AUGGUGUCCUGCAAGGCUGUGGUCAUCUUGCUAGAGGUGUAUGCAGCUGCCAUGCUGACCUCCCAGAUUGAAGCUUUCCUUACCAUCUUCGUGCACGGUGAACUCCAGAGACUGCAGUUGACUGCUCCAGCACGAAUGGGAGUGUGAACAACCGCCAGGCAGCCGGAAAAGUACCAGCCCCCGCCCCCAAAGGGCUGCCGAGGGAG